CAUCCCCUAACGGGCACUGUCAGCCGGCAUUCGGUCUUGCCAGCCUGAGCCAAGCAGAGGCUCCACAUUCUGGCAGCGAGCCUCCUCAAACACUUUCCGCAAGGCCAACACUUAAUAUCAAGAUGAGCUUGAGCUUCACGCCUCCCCAAUCCUUCCUGUUCCUUCUCCUUUUGCUCCCGAACUGCGGCAUCGGCGCCGUCCCUUCCCCGUUCCAGCUGGCCCCAGACACCCCGGCCCCAGCCGAGCCCACGCCGACCCGGGCUACACCUCGGCCGGACCCUUGUGAAGGACGACCCUGCCUCAAUGGGGGGUUCUGCCUUGGCCUCCUGUCUCGAGACGGGCUAGAGGACACCUGGGAGUACACCUGCACGUGCAGUCAGGGCUUCACUGGACAUAACUGUGAGUUUUUCACAGACCUGUGUUCCAGCAGUCCCUGUCUCCAUGGAAACUGCAGCCUGCACAGUAGGCAAGGGGAGGGGGAGCCGACUUACACCUGCGAAUGUAGCGAAGGAUAUGAGGGCCCGAGGUGCGAUCAAAUUGUAAUGGCUGUGGCUGAAUGGGACCCUGUCUCCCCUUCGGCUCCUGAAUUGGCCACUCCUGUCACAUCUGCAACUUCAGCAGCCACUCAACCACCACCUUCAACCAGCGUGUCCCCCAGCACCACACUGGGAACUGCUACUCUGCCGCCAUGGCAACCCAAAACCGGGCAGCGACUUCUGAUAGUUCCGUGGGAGGCAGACAGGGUGACUGAAGGUCUACACUGUGUGAGCCCAGAGCUGUGUGAGCUGACAGCAACACUGACGUUAUCUCUGGAGGUGCCAGAGGAAACGGCUGUGAAGUUGGUGGUGAACGCUGGUGGUGCGCCGGUGCUGUGGCGUGUGAGUGAAGAAGGCUUCCUGCGUUCUUCCUACAUAAAUGGCUCUAAAAUGUGGUUCAUGCAAGCCACCAAUGGGCUGGUGGUCCCUGACCAUGCGUUGCCUCUGGGACAAAACUACUUCCUAAGUGUGAUCCAGGUUGGUGCCCCCACAGCACCGGAGGUCACCCUGCGUCUUAACCUCACGGUGAAAGCUAGUAGCUGCGUCGAGCCGGGCAGCAGCUUUAGUGACCCCCAGUGCUCGGGCAAAGGGAAAUGUGUCACACAGCUUUCAGAAAGCACUUUCUUCUGUGAGUGUGACGACAGCUACACUGGUAUUUUCUGUGAGGAAUUUGAUGCCUGUCAUCGCCGCCCUUGUCGUAACAAUGGCACCUGCACUGACGUUCGGCAAGGUGGCGAAGGACACAACUAUACGUGUACCUGUCAACCAGGUUAUGAAGGGGAACGCUGCCAAUUGCUGAUAAACCACUGCCUUUCUCAACCGUGUGAGAAUGGAGCCACCUGCUCCAACAGCCUGGCUGGGCCUAGGUGCUUCUGCCCUGAAGGAUAUCAGGGUGCCACAUGUGAGCAGAAGGUGGAUCCGUGUGUUUCUCGACCUUGCCACAACAAUGGAACCUGCUACCCUCAGGGUCCCAGCCCUUUGGGUUUUGGUUGCAGCUGCAUUUCAGGCUUCACCGGUCCUACGUGUGCCCAGUUGGUGGAUUUCUGUGCUUUGAACCCGUGUGCCCACGGAGUAUGUCGCAGUGCGGGCAACAGCUAUAGGUGUCUUUGUGUGCCAGGCUACCAUGGCUUGUACUGUGAGGAGGAGUACAAUGAGUGUUUGUCUGCACCCUGCCAGAAUUAUGCCACCUGCCGGGACCUCAUCAAUGCUUAUGAGUGUGUCUGCACACCACAGUUUGAAGGUAGACACUGCGAAAUUUACAAGGACCCCUGUCUGAAGAUGCGCUGCCUCAAUGGAGGUCACUGCGAGAGUGCAGGACUAAAUGCUUCCUGUACCUGCCCGCCUGGAUACACUGGCGAGCGGUGUGAAGUUGACAUCAACGAGUGUGAGAGCAACCCUUGUCAUCAUGGGGGCACCUGUAUUGACCAAUUGAAUGGCUACACCUGUCACUGUCACCCUGGUUGGGUGGGACCUGGCUGUGAGAUCCACCUGCAGUGGAAGCCGCCACACUCAGAAGAAACUCUGACCAACAUGCCCCGCCACUCUCUUUACAUCAUCAUAGGAGCUUUGUGUGUGGCCUUUGUCCUCAUGCUCAUCAUUCUCAUCGUGGGUAUUUGUCGCAUCAGCCGCAUUGAAUACCAGGGCUCCUCACGCCACGCUUACCAGGAGUUUUACAACUGCCGCAGCAUCGACAGCGAGUUCAGCAAUGCCAUCGCCUCCAUCCGCCACGCCAGAUUUGGCAAGAAAUCUCGGCCUGCCAUGUAUGAUGCCACUCCUAUCUGCUAUGAAGACUACAGUCCGGAUGACAAACCUUUGGUCACUCUCAUCAAAACGAAGGAUUUGUAAAACAUUGUUUCACCCAUGCACACAUACACACAGGAUUAUAUAGGGAAAGUUAUUCUGAAUGUAAAAUGUGAGAAACAAAACUCCCAAAAUACAUAAUCUAUAGAAUUUGAUACAUCUUUUUUUCCCAGUCAACAUUCAUGCUAAGGCUUUUUUGUAGCAUAAGAGCAGCACUGACACAGUCUACCGAUGAGGGCCAACAGCACCAGGUACUACAUCUACAAAAUAGAGACGUCUGCAUAGAGCUAACUGUUAGUUUUCAGGGCCUACAAACCUGAACACAGUCCGCCAGGUUAUUGCAGGAAAUGAUAUAACUGCACAUUCUAAAUAUUUUUAUAUCUAAAAUAAAUUCUGCAGCAGGUUGCCUUACUUCAUGCAUGGUUAGAUUUGAUGUUCAUCUCUGUAAUCCUUGGAGGUACAGUGCUUUCAUCGUUUGCUAUUUUCCUUGCAGAUGUAUUACUCUGUAAAUAUUGUGCCAAAUAUCCUUCACUAGUUGGUGGACAAAUACAUACAUGUGUUUGAAUAUUGGUCAUAGAGGAUUUAAGGAAGAUUUUGGUUUCUUUUAGUAGUACCUGUUGUCUUUGUUGUUUUUAAAUGCAACUUUCUGAUUGGUAUUAUAAUUGUCAAUAAUGUGCACUUGCUAGAGUCAUGCUGUGUGUACUUUAGUGAACUGUAGGAUAGACAGUUGGUGUGAUUGUAACUGCAGUUUAUUCAAUUAAAUCUGUUUCUGUUAGAGGACUUAAACAUACACUGAGUAAUGAUCAUACUGAAUGUUUUUCCCCAUGCUGAAAUGACCUGUAGAUGCGGAUAAAACCCUUAUUACUUACAGCAUAUUACCUAUGUUGAAUAUUAUAAAGAUUAGGAUGAACCGUAUCCAUAAAGUCUAAAUGUCUUGAGUCACCUGUCACAUGCUAACACAAGUUAUAUCAUUCACUAAGACUCUUUUCAAAUAAACUAAAUGGUUAAAUAUUCUAAUGUGUAAGAAGAAAUCUACUGAUUAAUGUAAUUAGUCUAAAGCACUUUCAAUGUUGGACUGAAUGUUUUUCUGCUGUCCGAGGGUCAAACACACCAGACUCAACAGUUGGCUGUGGGAAAGACCUUUUAUGGAGUGUUAGUAAUGUGAACAGUCUGAGUGACCUCAGACUUUAUCCAGAUGUUCCCUGUGUAAACAGCUCUCAACACAGCCAGACUACAACUAUAGACACAUCAGAUACAGUACAUCACCUACUAACUAUUGUGUUUACGCACAAAUGUUAUUGUCGGUUUGGACCUUUGCUUAAAAGUUGGUCACUUAAGGUUGUGCAUUUCAAGAAGAGUCAAAUAUCUUUUUUGUACAUUUUCUAUAUCCACAAACUGUAUAAAAUUGUAAAAUGCAAUAUCUAGGCUUAAAUUUGAACUGUAUUACAGUGAUCCCUCACUUAUCGCAGUAUAUACAGUAUAUCAAUACAGUAAGUGUAUAAAACCCUAUAAACGCAUGCUAUCAUUAGAACAUUAAAUACGGUAAUAUUUUGAAACAUGUAAGUAAAAAAAUUGAUUAUAUAGAUACAUAAAGUAAUGUAUAAAUAAUAUACGUACUGUACAUUCAUUCUUUCACUCUCUCAUACUUGUCUAAUUGUACUGCACAUACGUAACGUAGAUCUAAAUGAAGUAUACAUAAAUAUGUUUUUAGAACUUUUUUUUAAUAUAACAAGAUACAACAAAAUUAAAAAGUAGCGAGGGAUCACCGUAUUCUCAUUUUUAGAAACAUGUAUUGUUACCAGAAAAAAAACAUUGCAAGCAAACCUAGAUUUCUUCCUAAUAACCAUUUUUUCUUUGCUUUCAACCAAUAUCAGAUAUCGAUUCACCUCUUGACCACUAACUCCGGUAGCCCACUAUUUAGCAAGAUUAUUUGGCAGUUCUCUCCGAAGACCUCUGAAACAACAGCAAAUAAUUCUAGCAAAUAUUUUUGUGUAUGCAUGAAUUUUGAAUUUAUUUCAAGCAUACCUGAAAUAUUUUUCAUUCGGCAAGUACAGAUUCAACUCAUUUAUUGGCUGCCGUUGACGACGACAGAUGUCCAGUCCAUUUAAACGGGAGAGCGGCAGUGAAAGAUCACUACCACAGAAUUGUAGAACGUGCAGAUAUCCCCUUUAAAAUGUAAAAGUAUAAAGGUGUUAGGAAAAAUAAAAUCAAGUAAAUAUACCCGGGAAAAAAAAAAAAAAAAAAAUCAACAUUAUUUUGUUCCGUGUGUUAACUGAUUAAAGGUAUGACAUUUAAAAAAAAAUAAUAAUAAAUUAAAUAAUAAUAAAAAGAACAUAUACAUUUUAACAUGUAAAAAUAAUAGAGAAAUUUUACCCAGAGACUUCAAGGGGAAAAAAUCAUGUAUUCUCAUCAGUUCAUUAUUAUUAUUUUUUUUUCUUCUUAAUUUCUAAUUAGUGAGGUAGAGGAUUAGUACAGAAGAGGAUUAGGGACAUUGAAGGAAAAAAACUGGCCAAGAUUCUGACUUUAAAUUCAGAAUUCUGACUUUAUUCACAGAAUUUUGACUUAAAUAAAGUACAGAACAAAUUAAGUCCGAAUUCUCUGAAUAAAGUCAAGUCUGAAUUCUGACUUUCAAGGUAGAAUUCUCACUUGAAAAUUCUGAGAAUAAGGUCAGAAUUCUGACUAAAUUCUGACUUUAUUCUCAGAAUUCUCUGCAAAUAAAGUCAGAAUUCUCUGAAUAAAGUCAAGUCUGAAUUCUGACUUUCAACUAAGAAUUUUGGGAAUAAGGUCAGAAUUUAAAGUCAGAAUUCUGAGAAUAAAGUCAGAAUUUUGACUUUUUCUGACUUUAUUUUCAGAAUUUUUCUUCUUCUGUGGCCCUAAUCCUCUGCCGUAAAUUAGUUUUAUUGAUUUCAGUGUAAAAUCUAUUUCUGACUGGAAAAAUGCAAAUAGGAUGUUUCUUUUUAAACUUUUGUUUGUGAAUAAAAAACUUAGCAUAAGAAGUAACUAUGAUCUCCGGGGUGAGUGAAGUAACAAAUAUUGUCUUAAAUUCAAAUUAUAGGGGCCAGUAGAAUUAUGUGGGAAAAAUGGUGUGAUGAACGGCAAACCGUUUAUGUGGAUCUCAAUGACAGACUCAGAACUCAGAAAUAGGGAAGAAGUUUGUAAAUAAAAAGUACAAAAAAUGAAACAAAGUCCAAUGGAAAAUGGAGUACAAAAAAACAAUAUGAACGAAGUAGGAAACAACUGGAGGAAACUUUGGAGAGCAUGAAGAUGAGGGCCCACCCAGCGGUAAGCAAGGCAAUCGUCCCACAAAGCUGAAACACACAGGCGUCCUUAAUACAUUGCGCUCCUAAUGCGUCACAAAGACAGUGUACUCCUUAACGCGUCAAAAAGAAGAACUGAAAAUACAAACGUCAUAAAGAACAACUGAGAACAAAACCAUGACUGAAGGUUUCAAAAGCAGUCCAAAAUUGUUUGGUUUUACACAUUCAAAAACUAAGUGCAUUAUUGUAACCAUGUCAUUUCCACUGAAAGAGCACACAUCAUUAAUAUCAAGAAAUUUAGCAACAGAAUGAUUGGUUCGGUAUAUUUUAUGUAACAUAUUUAAAUGUAGUCUAGGUCUACUACCUUUGCUUUAUUAGAAAUAUAGUAUUUCAAGGGCGUAGGUUGGGUCUCAACAUUGGUAGGGACGAUAUAAAUGCAUAACCUGCAUGUACACUUUGCUCGGGAUGGGACAUUAAUAAGACCAAACAGAUUGGGUGAACGGGGGUCAGGGCUACAUUUCUCACAAAUAUGAACCUACUUAAUUAAUAUGCUAAAUCAGGGGUGCUUAUUACGUCGAUCACGAUCAACCAGUCGAUUGCAACGCUAGUGUGAGUAGCUUGCGGCACCCCCCUCAUUUUUUUUUUAUGUUUUAUUUUUUAUGUACAUAACUAAUUAUGAUUUUGUUGUGUGUAUGUUGUGUGAGCAACAUAUUAGGUUAUGCAGCACCCGUCUCUAAGCAGUUUCUUGCUCACGUUUUUCUGGCUCUGUAGUUUCCAGCAGAGUUCACUACAUUUCUCACAGUUUAAUUAACGUUAAAAGUAGAAAACGCAAACACAAGGACACUUCUAAGCAGUUUUGCAAGUUAGGAAGUUCUCAGUUUAAUGUUAUGCUAACUCUGAUGCAGGUCGGACUUUCAGUAGUAAAAUUAGUGGUGUGUUUCCCACCUCCACAACAUUGGCGUCUUUUUAAAUUACUUACAGUGGCUGCUGCUGGCCGGGAAAAAAAAACAAAAACUUAUAAUAUCCCUCGUUUUCGAAGGGGGAGGAGACGGCGGCAUGUUGUCGACAUGUAUUUCUUUCGGGGCUGUCUGAGUAUGCGUGUGUGUGUCGGUGGUGGGUCAAGUAAUCAGCCAAUCAAACGUGCGUUAGAGGGGGGGGAAAUGGCCCAGCAGAUUCAGCAAGGGAAAAGGGGUAAAUGUAGGUUUGAACAUAAUGAAAAUAAAUCACUUAAUAAUGGUAGGGUCAAUCCUAUCCUUACAACAUAUGGAAAGACAAUCUAAAUUACCUGUAUAACUAAACUCAUUAUAAAAUGCAUAUAAGGUAGCUUAAAGGUUGGUGGGGACAAUUUGAGCAUCCUGAAAAGUUGGUAGUGUUAUGUCCCUACGAUCCCUUUGCAAACUUACGCCCUUGUAGUAUUUGUAUGGUAACAACCAAGCUUUCAAGCUUUUCUUCAGUUUAUACAUUCAGUUUGAGAUUUCCAAAAAUCUUGCCUAUUGAGACAAUUCUGUUAUUUCUACUUAGUAUCGGAUGUAUAUGCUUGAGCGAAAGAAUGGGCCAGAACGGUCAGGAAUGCAGUUCCGGUGUAAGAUUCAGGGCCAGAAUGCAGUUCUGGUAUAAGAUACAUGGUGCUUUGAUUCUGAAAAUAUGACAGCUACUGUCAAAACGCUAUGUAAAAAAAAAUGCUCAGCUGCCACACAUGCAUUUCAGCUCCAAGAAGAAAACAAUCUACCAAUAUCAGAUUUACAUACACAAGUGGCAACAACAAGCAUAAUAAAGUGCUUGUUUAGCGUAAUCCGUCUCCACCAAUAUUUAUUAUUGAUUUUAUUCCACAGACGGCAUGGAGGUUUCCCCAGCUGCUGCAGUUACAGUGGGGCAAAUAAGUAUUCAGUCA